AGCCGCACCGGAAGCCGCUCCCCCGUGAGGCUGCGGAUCCCGAAGAGCGGCCGGAGGGCCAGGCGCCAUGGCUGCGGAGCGGACCCGGCCGCUGCGAGGCUCUGGCGGCCCGAGCGCGCCUUGUCGGUGUGAAGCCGGCGCGAGGUCCCGGGCCCCGGGGCGCUCGCUCAGGUAAAUUUUUCCAUAACCUUAUGGAGAGAAAGGACUUUGAGACAUGGCUUGAUAACAUUUCUGUUACAUUUCUUUCUCUGACGGACUUGCAGAAAAAUGAAACUCUGGAUCACCUGAUUAGUCUGAGUGGGGCAGUCCAGCUCAGGCAUCUCUCCAAUAACCUGGAGACUCUCCUCAAGCGGGACUUCCUCAAACUCCUUCCCCUGGAGCUCAGUUUUUAUUUGUUAAAAUGGCUCGAUCCUCAGACUUUACUCACGUGCUGCCUCGUCUCUAAACAGUGGAAUAAGGUGAUAAGUGCCUGUACAGAGGUGUGGCAGACUGCGUGUAAAAAUUUGGGCUGGCAGAUAGAUGAUUCUGUUCAGGACGCUUUGCACUGGAAGAAGGUUUAUCUGAAGGCUAUUUUGAGAAUGAAGCAACUGGAGGACCAUGAAGCCUUUGAGACCUCAUCGUUAAUUGGACACAGUGCCAGAGUGUAUGCACUUUACUACAAAGAUGGACUUCUCUGUACAGGGUCAGAUGACUUGUCUGCAAAGCUCUGGGAUGUGAGCACAGGGCAGUGUGUCUAUGGCAUCCAGACCCACACUUGUGCGGCAGUGAAGUUUGAUGAGCAGAAGCUCGUGACAGGCUCCUUUGACAACACUGUGGCCUGCUGGGAAUGGAGUUCUGGAGCCCGGACCCAGCACUUCCGGGGGCACACAGGGGCGGUGUUUAGUGUGGACUACAAUGAUGAACUGGAUAUCUUGGUGAGUGGCUCUGCAGACUUCACUGUGAAAGUAUGGGCUUUAUCUGCUGGGACAUGCCUGAACACACUCACGGGGCACACGGAGUGGGUCACUAAGGUAGUUUUACAGAAGUGCAAAGUCAAAUCUCUGUUGCACAGCCCUGGGGACUACAUCCUGUUAAGUGCAGACAAGUACGAGAUCAAGAUUUGGCCAAUUGGAAGAGAAAUCAACUGUAAGUGCUUGAAGACAUUGUCUGUGUCUGAGGAUAGAAGUAUCUGCCUUCAGCCAAGACUUCAUUUUGAUGGCAAAUACAUUGUUUGCAGUUCAGCACUGGGACUCUACCAAUGGGACUUUGCCAGUUAUGACAUCCUCAGGGUCAUCAAGACUCCUGAGAUAGCAAACCUGGCCCUGCUUGGCUUCGGAGACAUCUUUGCCCUGCUGUUUGACAACCGCUACCUGUACAUCAUGGACUUGCGGACAGAGAGUCUGAUUAGCCGCUGGCCUCUGCCUGAGUACAGGAAGUCCAAGAGAGGCUCCAGCUUUCUGGCAGGCGAAGCAUCCUGGCUGAACGGACUAGACGGGCACAAUGACACAGGCUUGGUCUUUGCCACCAGCAUGCCCGACCACAGUAUUCACCUGGUGUUGUGGAAGGAGCACGGCUGACCCAUGAGCCACCAGCACCGGCAGACUUCGGGUGCCAGGCUGUGCGUUUCCGGUGCAGCCUCCGUGGCAGCCGACUGCAUGAACCAAAGUUCUCACCUGAUGGUAUCGUCACGCAGUGCACAAUCAUUUAUCUCUGUUUGCCAGGGGCCAGGGCUUGGGGCGGGGGAGGGCUUGUUUUAUGGGCAAACAACGCAGCAUGCUAAUGGGACACACUGUUGACUUCAUUUGUACUUAAUUACGUUGGUCAGCGAAAGAGGAUGCAUUUUGGAUUCAUCUUUAUUGAGUGGAAUAUUGGUUUUAAGUAAAGAAAGUUAAAUGGUUCAUUAAUUUGCUAAUUGGUUGCCUAUAAAAUCACAUGUGAUCUGAUAUGAAAGCUUUUUACCAUA